UCUCACCAUUGAUACGUUGAUUUUUCCCAAGAUUUGUCACAGAGAGAAACAUGUACACAAUUCAUCUGAAUUCUAUUGCUACGAAAUAACAAAUAUUAGAUUAAUAAUAACUUUACCGUAAUUCUAAACUUGUUAUACAUCAUUGAAGUAAAAUAAAUCAAUAAUUUUAUAAAUACAAUUUUAUACUAUGGUAAUGGUGAAAAGAGAAAGAGUUUAAUAAUGGUGUAUGACAUGUGAGCAAAUAGCGUUAAAUACUUUAGAAAUUAAUAUACCAUGAAGUGGACAUUUAAUUUGAUAUUUAUUGUUCAGUAUUUCGUCCGAGCUAUUAAAUGGUAAAAUGGGUGCAAAUAUAUCUCAAUUAGAAAGAAAUAUCGGAGCCGAUCAGUUUCCUCCUAAUGAACAUUAUUUUGGUUUAGUUAAUUUUGGUAAUACUUGUUAUAGUAAUUCUGUUCUUCAAGCUUUAUACUUCUGCAGACCAUUUAGAGAAAAAGUGUUAGAAUAUAAAGCUAGAAAUAAAAGAACCAAAGAAACAUUAUUAACAUGUCUAGCAGAUCUGUUUUACAGCAUUGCAACUCAAAAGAAAAAAGUUGGCUCUAUAGCUCCUAAAAAAUUUAUUGCUAGACUAAGGAAAGAGAAAGAGGAAUUCGAUAAUUAUAUGCAACAAGAUGCUCAUGAGUUUUUAAAUUUUCUUAUCAAUCAUAUUAAUGAAAUUAUUUUAGCGGAGAGAAAUCAAAGUAAGGCUGCUGCUACAGGAGGAAAAAGUGGAACAGCAGAUGCUGGAACACCACCACCAGAACCAACAUGGGUACACGAGAUAUUUCAGGGUAUUUUAACCUCAGAGACUCGUUGCCUUAAUUGUGAGACUGUAUCUAGUAAAGAUGAGGACUUUUUUGAUUUACAAGUAGAUGUUGAUCAGAACACAUCAAUUACUUACUGCCUCAAAUGUUUUUCCAAUACUGAAACCCUUUGUAGUGAUAAUAAAUUUAAAUGUGAUCACUGUAGCAGCUACCAAGAGGCACAGAAACGCAUGCGGCUUAAAAAAUUACCCAUGAUUCUUGCCCUUCAUUUAAAAAGAUUUAAAUAUGUAGAACAGUAUAAUCGACACAUUAAAGUAUCUCAUAGAGUUGUUUUCCCAUUGGAAUUGAGGCUAUUCAAUACUUUGAUCUUGCAGAGUGACGAUGCAGUUAAUCCUGAUCGCUUAUAUGACCUGGUAGCAGUAGUUAUACAUUGUGGAAGUGGACCGAAUCGAGGACAUUAUAUUUCAAUUGUAAAAAGUCACGGGUUUUGGUUGCUUUUUGAUGACGAUGCAGUUGAUAAAAUUGAUGCGUCAAAUAUAGCUGAUUUUUAUGGGCUUACAUCAGACAUUCAUAAAACUUCUGAAACUGGAUAUAUAUUAUUUUAUCAAUCUAGGGACUGUAAUUAAUAAUGUAAAAACUUUACGUACGCAAAAAUUAUUAAAUUUAUGUUGCUAUACUAGUCUAAAGAAUUCAUUGUGAAACGGAUAAAUAAAAUACACUAUU